AUGUACACUCAUUUCUUCCCCGACGGAAAAGCUAAGGACUUCUACGCCCACCUCUUUCGCACCUUCGAUCAGGAUAACAGUGGCCAAAUAGACUUUUCGGAGUUCCUCUCCGCCAUCAGCAUCACCCAGAGUGGCGGCCCCGAGGAGAAGCUUGGCCUCGCCUUUCAACUCUACGACAUUGACGGCAACGGACACAUUGAGGAGUCAGAAAUGAAUGAAAUUAUUAAGGCCAUCUACCUGAUGGUGGGUGAGACGGACCCCAGCCCCGAGAACAGUUCGGAAGUGCGAACCCACGCGAUAUUCAAGAAGAUGGACCUCAAUUCCGACCACGUUCUCUCCAAGGAGGAAUUCAUUCGAGGCUGUAUCAACGAUGAGCACCUCUAUAACCUCCUUGCCAGCGCCGGAAGUUAA